UUAGCAUGGAUGGAACCGCUGUAAGAAAGAAAAAAUUAUAGCUCCAUCUUUCUGUAAUUUGCCUAGCACUUACAAGGACUCGCUCCUGGAGAAAUGGAGAAAGAUGCCACAAGGACGAGCGGCUGUUAACCAUUUAUCAAGCAUCGCAUUACCCAUCGACAGCACCUUGUUCGUCUACCUCAAGAAGAAUAUUCGUAAGUGCCAAUAAUCCGGAAGACACCUAUACAUCAACAUCAGACUCCUAGAAGCCAUAUUGCCGGAGCUGCGCCGGCAUCAUAUGGCUUUGUUAUGGGUCGCCUUGAUCAUGCAUUCCCAUAUAUUACCAGUUCCAAGCUACAUCAGGUUCAUCAUCGGCCAAUUCCUACCUCAGUCGGUUUCUUGCUGAAUCUCGGUUUCAUCAUGCCCUGUAAUUCAAGUUUGAAGGUACAGUACAUAGGUCCCCGGUGCAGAGGAACAAAUGCGCGUCUCUUGCUCAAGCAAGGAGGCCUGGAGGCUGCAUUGGCGGUGGUCAGAAGGACAUAUUUCCAUACUAAAACACGACAGCUCUGCUGGUCGAUCACCCAAUCCGCUGUUUCAAAUUUCUCCCGUCCAUGUCACUCCAUUAUUUCCGACAUCUGCCACAGCAGUCAAGGGUUUUUAGGUGUCUGUGUGAGCCCUGGCCCUCACCAGGUUAAAAAAAAUCCAUCAUGAAAGGAGGGGCCACCAGCGCUACUCCGCGGAGGGAGUAGACUACCUCGAAUGCAGUGUAUUGAGUUCCAGGUACCAGAAAGUCGAUGCCACUCUGGACGACAGUGAGACCC